AAUCACAACACAAAGAGUAUAUUUUACGACGAAACAGCGCCCUACAGGAAGAAAGUGCCCGACUCCAAGUGAGCGCUGCAGGAGCGCGACUUUUUGGCGCUCUUUGAGAGCAGCGAGAGGGAGGCGGGGGACCGAGAGUCUGGGGCGGGCGCGGGAAGCGGAGCAACACGCGCCGAGUUCCCGCGCCUUUUCCCGCCGCCAGCCGGGGCUGGGAGCUGCGCGCUGAGCCAGGUUCUGAAAAUUGCCUUUUCUGAAAACUCUGCUGCUUGGAUUCUACUCUAGAGCUAUCUCUUUUCAAAUCCCUGUUGCCACGCACCCUUCCCUGCUCCUGCCCCUACAAAACCUGAUUCGCUUUUGCUCCUUGAAUCAUCUACAGUCAUAUUGUCCGAAAGAGUGUGCACUUGAUUGUCAUUUUGCUUUCAAUAUGACGGCUGUCAGUGUUGCCCUAAUUCGUGAUACCAAGUGGCUGACUUUAGAAGUUUGUAGAGAAUUUCAGAGAGGAACUUGCUCUCGAACUGACGCAGAGUGCAGGUUUGCCCAUCCGCCAAGAGUUUGCCAUGUGGAAAAUGGCCGUGUGGUGGCCUGUUUUGAUUCUCUAAAGGGUCGGUGCACUCGAGAGAACUGCAGGUACUUUCACCCUCCUCUCCACUUAAAAACACAGCUAGAAGUUAAUGGGAGGAACAAUCUGAUUCAACAGAAGACUGCAGCAGCCAUGUUCUCCCAACAGAUGCAGCUUAUGCUCCAAAAUGCUCAAAUGCCAUCCCUUGGAUCUUUUCCUAUGAAUUCAUCACUUGCAGCUAACCCUGCCAUGGGUUUCAGUCCUUAUGUACCUCAUCAUCCUGGGAUGGGCCUGGUUCCUGCUGAACUUUUACCAAAUGCACCAGUUCUGUAUUCUGGAAAUCCACCUCUUGCAUUGCCAGGAGUUACUGGCCCAAAACCAAUUCGCACAGAUAAACUGGAGGUUUGCCGUGAAUUUCAGCGUGGAAAUUGUACCCGUGGGGAGAAUGAUUGCCGCUACGCUCACCCUACAGAUGUUUCCAUGAUUGAAGUGAGUGAUAAUACUGUGACAGUCUGCAUGGAUUACAUUAAAGGUCGAUGCUCCCGGGAGAAAUGCAAGUACUUUCAUCCUCCUGCACACUUGCAAGCCAAACUCAAGGCAGCUCAUCACCAGAUGAACCACUCAGCUGCCACUGCAAUGCCCAUACAGCCUGGUGCACUUCAACUGAUACCAAAGAGAUCGGCCCUUGAAAAGAACAAUGGUGCCACCCCAGUCUUUAAUCCCAAUGUUUUCCAUUGCCAACAUACUCUGGCUAACGUGCAGCUCCCGCAGCCGUCAUAUAUCCCUACAGGGCCAAUACUGUGCAUGGCACCCGCUUCAACUUUUGUGCCCAUGAUGCACGGUGGUGCGACACCUUCCACUGUGUCUCCAGCAACAACACCUGCCACCAGCGUUCCCUACGUUGCAACAACUACAGGCAAUCAGUUGAAAUUCUGAACAGCAGAGUUACGGAGUAUCAGAAUCUCUCAACAAGAACCUCUAUAUGGCCUUUCUAUAUAUAUUCUCGUAUGUCCUCUUCUACUAACACAACAAUAAGCAUGGUGCAGUCCAUAUAUUAGAGCGCAUAUACCAGAAAAAAAUUCAAAUUAAACCAAAGCAUUCAAUGGAAUGCUAAAGCAAAUAGAAAUGUUAAAGCAAAUAGAAAAUUAAUAACUCUGUAUUACCAUAUAUAAAUUUCUGAGCUUAUGUGCAUUAUCAUGUAGAAUACAACCAUAUACCUUUGUCAUUUAUAUGAAUCACCAGAUCCAUAUUAUUUAAAUCAUCCAUCUGAUGUGAAUUGACAGAUUGAAUAUAACCAUAAAAUUUUGUGCUUUUUCCUCCCAAUAACGAUUAUCCUAAACAAUAUUCACAGUGUACUGUAGGCUUACUAUACAUUCUUGUUUUGAUAAAUGUUUGGUUUUGAAGUGUUACCUUGAUAUUUUGUUUACAAGAGUCUAUUGGUUUGAUUCAGAACAUAACUAUAUCCAAUACCAUUUUCUCCAUUAGUGUAUUAUGUUAGAUUUGGGUUGUGUUUAGUUUUUAUAUACAGCAGUGUUUUGCUGUAUAUGUGUGGUGUUUGAUUUCAAUUAAAAUGUCAUUAGUGGGGAACAGAAAUGUACGUGCUUGAAAAAUGUGACAGGUUCAUGUUAAUGUGCACUCUUUAAAACAUUUCUGUAAGUUUCUUGAGGCAUAUAUUUACAAGGCCUCACUUCUGAGUGUGCACAAAGCCUGUUCAUAAACAUGCAUGUAUAUAACUGCCUGCAGGUCCUCAUGUAUUCAGUAGUGUACUAAAUUCUUAUAAGAUUAAAGUGAUUACCUACACAAGUUAAGGAACAUCUUCAAACGUGAACUUCUAAUAACGCCUCUUAUAUAACUUGAGAAAUAUGCAUUCACAUUCUUAAAAAAUUUCUUAGCAUUUGUAAAAAUUAUAUAAAGUAGCCAUUACAUUUAUUGUGUCACAAGAAUCCUAUCUCCCAGAUUGAAUGUCUCAAAAUUUAGCCAUUGUCAUCUUCAGCUGUGAAACUGGUACUUGGUAGCUUAAAGAUAUGGUAAUUGCAGGUUAUAAAUCAAACAGAGAGAUGGGGGUGUGGAGAUAGUUUUUAUAUACUUGCAGAAAGUAUGUAAAACCUUUGCAUUGUAACCUUUUGCACAAGUGCCGUUUUCCAAAUGCAAAUGGUUCGUGUUCUUUAGACUAUCUAUUCAUUGAAUAAUAAGUAAGAUGCAGUCAAGCAAAAGUCAGUCCAGGUGAAAGAGAAUUGUUUCAAAAUGAGGCCUUUCCUCCCCAAAUGGACAAUCUUUUCUAUUGAUCAGAGAGGGAGCCUGAGUACAGGCCUAGAGAAAGGGCAGGAAUGGGUGGCAGGGAGACCUUUAAAAUUAAUUUUUGAUUUAUGCAAAACAACCAGGAAAGAUUUCCAUAGUUGUCGUUCUUCACCUCAGUUUAGCUGAGUUUCAAAUUGUAUAAUUGCUUUGAUAAAGUAGCCAGCAUUCGUGUCACAUGGCAAGUGCUUCCCUGCCCAGACUUUAAUAUCAGAGUUUUAAAAUCUCAUAACCAAGCCUGGUUUUUUUGCUCAUUUGAAUUUAUUUGCUUUUAUAUGUGCUUUGGAAUUAUAAUAGGUUUUAGCACCAUGUGGCUAAUAUAGAAUAGCAAUAUCCCACAGAAGUGAGCUGAUUCUUACAACUAACACUUAGGAUAUAAUCUUAAAAAUGUAAAAUAGUAAUCAAUCUAUCUCUUUGAAAUAUAUAGCAUACCUGUUCUAGUUCACUCAGUUAUUAACAUUGCUGUUAUUAUAAAAGGGAGAAAACAUGAUAUUUUCCAACAAUUUAAAUAGAUUUAAUAUUUACUACAUAUAUAUUCUCCCACUGGAAAGUAUAAAACCAACAAAAUUUAUAUAUGUAUAAAUCUUGUGUUUCUUCUUCAUGAAAAUAAUAAGGAAAGAGAAAAUCUUUAGGAUACCUUAACCUAUAGGCUGGAUUUGGAGAACAGUGGAGCGGGCAAAGAUUAUUUCACAGUUGAUAAAAUGAAGAGCCAAGGCAUGUGACUUGCCUAAGGCUGCCCAACCAUUGUGGGAUCCAGUUGUUCCUCUUUUUUACAUCUUGCUUUGGAACAUUUGAGACUGCAUCUCAAAGCAGAUCAGAUGGUCUCAGAGUACAAAAGGCAAAAUUACCUUUGGUGAUUGGUAUCUUGUUGAUCUUAAUUAUCAUUAUCGAGGCAAAUCCUGACAGUCUUAUUUAUAUUGGGUCACUGUCUUUUGUUAACUUUUGCCUGAAGUUAGAGAUUGAGAGUUGUUCUUUUACCUGUGGGCUCUUUGAACCACUUAUAUUUUGUUUCCUAAAAUCAUAAUACAGGAAGGAUGUACCUGAGCUAGUCUAGAUAAAAUCCUUAAUGGAUAUGGCAAUGUUUUGUGCAAAAUGAGCCUUUUGUAGAUUGAGUAGAUUGACAUUUUGAUGCAACAUACUAUCUCAUUUAGCUUUUAAAUUUUCGACAAUAUGUGCAUAGAUACUAAACCUAGAGUACAGCUGUUCUCAUAAGCACUGGGAGACAUUAAUGAUUUUAUUUUGAAGACAUUCAGUGAGGGAUAUUCAGGGUCAUUGUAUUUUUGCUGCCACAAGUUUCUAUAACAUAUUGUUGGCAUUUUAAAAGUUCCAUAUAAACAAAUUGAAAGAAAGCAAGUUCAAAGCCCUAACAUUUUAACCAAAUUCAACAGAGUUUUGAGGGAAAUGCAAUUCGAAGAUAGCACUCUUUAGAUGACUUGUGCAAUCACUUAGUUUCUUAUUGAAGAAAAGACAAGAUUGAUGGAUAAGUCAUUUGACUAUAAAUUGAGAGUUAAAAAAAGUCACAAAACUGAUCAGUGACUCUAAAUGAAAAUUUACUGAAUCAUUUGUAAAUAAAAAUUCUAAAUAAAUAAAAAUCACUUGUGAUUCCUAGUUAACAUUUUAUAAUCUUUGUAUUUUAUAAUGGCCUCUGCUUUUAUUUAUCCAAAAUUAUUAGUUUUGUUCAUUUUCUCAGCCUUUUUCAAAAUUUUCCAAGAUUGCUGAAAUUUGGAUAAAACAUGCCAUGAAUACAGAGGAGCAAUCUAAAAGUUAUCUUUUAAGAAGCUUUUAGUAGUUUCAAUUUGUACAAAAAGCACUAUUCGACCAUAACAGGUAUAUCUGAAAUAGGGACUAAAAUUCAAUUAAAAUAAAUGGAGUCAUAAAUUUGUUACUUAAAUACAGUAGUUACUUCUGCAGUUGGAGCAUGAUCACACAACCUGCUGUUACAUUUAAUUUCUCUUUUCUAGAUUAAUCUUUAAUUUGCAACUAGUCACAACAGCCAUCUUCUCCCUAUUCUAUCAGCUGUACUCAUCUUUUUCUGAACAUGAUAAAGCACUUCGUCUUGCCAUAAGUAUUGUCCUACACCACCAAGCUGUGUCCAUUAAUGGGAGCCUUCUAUUUACUUGCUCUCCAAUUUGGGGAACAUUACCCCAUCUCUGCUAUAGAGAACCAAAUGUAAUUAGUGUUUUGAACUUGAAUUACCUUUUAUAGGCAUGACCAGUAAACAUAAUGGUGUCUGAAGACAGAACAGCAUUUACUUGGCAUCACUUGAAAUGAGUGAGACAGCUCAUAUGCUACUUGGAUGGUUACUUGAUUCUUUUUAUCCUCUUUGGAGAGUGAUGAUGAGUAUGCUCCUAGGUAAAAUGCAGCCCAAGUUUUCUGAGGACUUUUAGUAUAUAGGACACUGGCUGUGGCUUGCAAAAUUAUUAGAAGCCACAGUUCUCUCUCUCUUUAAAAUCUUUUGUACAUUUCACUUACAUUGAAAUCAAAGGAAAUUUAAUUUCCUGUUUCUGAUUGAAAGAGUUCAUAAGACAAUAGCCUAAUUUUACCAGUGCCUCUCAAAGAUAAUAGAAUAAAUAGCAUGUAAAAGAGUAUAACAUUUUUUGCAGGUUUAGUAGAUAGCCUAAUCACACUGUAAGUAUAACUACAAAUGGCGUUUCUGAGCACCAGCUCACUAAUUGGUGCCAUGUUUUCAUUUUUUCUUAUUGUUAGUUUGUAAGGUUUUUAUUUUAUUACUUUUCAUAUGUUUAAUUUUGAAGGAGAGUUAGAGAAAUUGUAAGUUUUUGCUGCAUAUAUUCAGAGCACCUAGGAAGAGUCUAAACUGGCACUGUAGCCUAACAUAAUACAGAUUAUAGGCCGUAGCUAUACUUUUUAGUUCACAGUUUAAAAACAAAUUUAACUUUAUACACACAAAAAUUUGUCAGCGAAUUAUAUUUAGCUGUUGCUUUGGCAAAAAACUACAACAUGGCUACCUUUAGAAGAAUUUGUCAGCUACAUGUGGUCUGUGACAGUACAGGCAUGUAGAAGAACAGCUCAAAACUCAGAAAACAGAUGAUUUUGGAACCAUAAGUUCCAUGUGAAAGCUGAAUCUGUGCCCUUAUGUAACUUUUUGGUCAAAAAUUUAGAACACAUGGAUUCUAGAGUCACACUUUGUGAUUUAUAGAAUUUGUUGUGUUGAUCGGAUUAUUCUACAGUAUUUUGACAUCAGAGCAAGCAUUACAUAUAUGUUGCCUAACCUUUUUAAAAUAACUUUAUUCAAAAUUAUGUGUUCAUUUGGUGAUAUAUAUAUAGCUGUAAAAAAUUCUAUUUUUGGAAAUACAUACCCAAAUAUAUGUGAGGAUUAAAACAUAACUAAACAGUUUGAAAUGAACUCAUAUUUGUGAAACCAUACAUAACAAUACUAUAGAAUAGCCCCUGAACAGUGUUUAAGAGACAUAUGCUGCAGUUACCUGAUUGUCUCAGUUAGGGUGCGAAUGUGUGAGACACACUUUUUUUGCACUUAUGUACAUAGUCCAUGAAAGCAAUCCUUGGAGCUUUUUGUAGUAGUUAGGGAGAGUGAUUUCUGAGGCUUUGAGAUGAAGGGUAAUUGUUUUUAAUAUAAGACUUAACAAAAGCAGAAGGUUAUACUGUUGCUGUGGAGGCUUUUUAGUUUGCUGCAGCUCAUUGAAAGGGAAGACUGCGAACAGAUGCCAGAUCAACUGUAUCAACACUGAGCAAGAGUAGAAAGCACUUCUUUAGCAAGGCCAAUAGCAAAGAUUACUUUUAAAGCAUUGAUUCCACUGUAAACAUACAUACACAACAUACCAGAUGGGUUUCUGACAGAGGUUUUCUUUUUUCACUAAU